GAAAGAAGGACUUCUGUGUGUUAUAACAUUAAAAGGUGCAGAAAUCAAACCUGCAGCUGCGUGAAUCUGCGCGGAGAGACAGGCUGUAUUGUGUCAUUUGGAGAAAAAACAGAGGCUCCUUGCCAGGGAAAGGUUUUCUCAGUUGUGGAUGUCACUUCCUAGAGCCCCAUUUAAAGGCUCCAUUGAAGACCACCCUGAUGAAACACAAUUUCUCAUUCACACAGUCUGUCUUGUAUAUACGUGAGAUGAUGCAUACGACUUUUGAGGUGUCUGAUUAAAGCGUUCACUGACCCAAGACCCAGGUGAAGAGACUGGUUUCCACAACGACCAUCUGAAAAACAGGAAGGAGAUGGAACCAGCGAAUCGUACCGGUGUACCUUACACACUGGUGUGUGGUUGAUAUCUGCGUAGAGAAUAAACCGUUGUUUCUGUUGAACAACCCCUCAAUCUUGCCCCGUUGUGUUCUGCCAUUCAACCAUGGGGCAUAUCCUGGAUUUACCUUCACCUGGAGCAGAUGUAUGCUUUCGAGGAAUGUGGCUCUUUGGUUUGCUGCUGGUCUUGUCUGUGUUCACCACCAGCCUUGGCAUCCACAUGGACUCGAUGGGCAGCCACAGUACGUUCACCUGUGAGGCGAUAGGACUGCGAAUGUGCCAGGAUCUGCCCUACAAUACCACCUUCAUGCCCAACCUUCUGAACCAUUAUGACCAGCAGACCGCCGCUCUGGCCAUGGAGCCCUUCCACCCCAUGGUGAACCUGCAGUGCUCUCCAGACCUCAGGCCCUUCCUGUGCGCCCUGUACUCUCCUGUAUGUAUGGAAUACGGCCAUGUGACGCUGCCCUGCCGGAGCCUCUGUACCCACGCCAAAAGAGACUGUCAGAAGCUCAUGGACAUGUUCGGAGUCACCUGGCCAGAGGAGAUGGAGUGCAGCAGGUUUCCAGACUGUGAUGAGUCGUACCCCCGCGCUGAGGAUUUGCUCGUGAAUGAAGACCCCUCCGACCAAUCGCCCAUGUCAGUGCAGCGCGACUACGGUUUCUGGUGCCCCCGUGAGCUCAAAGUCGAACCCGAGCUCGGCUACACCUUUCUAGGAGUGCACGACUGCUCUGCUCCCUGCCCCAACAUGUACUUCCGGCGCGAGGAGCUCACCUUCGCCCGCUACUUCAUUGGUGUCGUUUCCAUCGUUUGCCUCUCAGCCACACUCUUCACCUUUCUCACCUUCCUCAUCGACGUCACCCGCUUCCGCUACCCCGAGCGGCCCAUCAUCUUCUACGCCAUCUGCUACAUGAUGGUAUCGCUGGUCUUCUUCCUAGGUUUCUUGCUGGAAGACCGUGUGGCUUGUAACGCAGCCAACGCCGCUCAGUUCAAAACCUCAACAGUGACUCAAGGCUCGCAUAACAAGGCCUGUACAUUGCUUUUUAUGGUCCUCUACUUCUUCACCAUGGCAGGUAGCGUUUGGUGGGUCAUUCUCACCAUCACCUGGUUCCUAGCAGCAGUGCCCAAAUGGGGAAGUGAAGCUAUUGAGAAGAAGGCGCUGCUCUUCCAUGCCAGCGCGUGGGGAAUACCUGGCAUGCUAACCAUAACCCUGCUGGCUUUGAAUAAAAUCGAGGGGGAUAACAUUAGUGGCGUGUGUUUCGUGGGACUGUAUGAUGUUCACACUCUUCGCUGGUUUGUGUUGGCACCGCUGUGUUUGGAUGUUCUGGUUGGCGUGUCGUUGCUUCUGGUAGGGAUUGUGGCACUCAACAGAGUCCGAAUGGAGAUUCCGUUGGAGAAGGAGAAUCAAGACAAGCUGGUGAAAUUUAUGAUCCGGAUCGGAGUGUUCUCAGUGCUGUACCUGGUGCCGCUGCUCACCGUUGUUGGGUGUUACCUGUAUGAACAGACCUACCGCUCAAUCUGGGAAACUACCUGGGUGCAGGAGCGCUGUAGAGAGUACCACAUCCCCUGCCCUUUCCAGGUGGAGCAAACCAGUCGGCCUGACCUGGUCCUCUUUCUGAUGAAGUAUCUCAUGGUGCUUGUGGUUGGGAUCCCAUCUGUGUUCUGGGUGGGCAGUAAAAAGACCUGUUUCGAAUGGGCCAGUUUCUUCCAUGGCCGCAGGCGUAAAGACAGCGGUGCAGUCAAUGAAAGCCGUCAGGUUCUUCAAGAGCCAGACUUCGCCCAGUCUUUGCUGCGUGAACCCAACACAUCUAUUGUCCGGAAGUCUCGUGGUACCUCCACCCAGGGUACGUCUACCCACGCCUCAUCCACACACCUGGCAAUGCUGGAUGAUGUGCGCAGUAAAGCCAGCAGCGUCCACAGCCAGAUGAGCAGCUAUCAUGGUAGCCUCAAGCGUUCGAGGGACGGCAGGUACCCACCGUCUAGUCAUAGAGGCUUGGAGGAACGCCCGGCUUACGGGAGCAUGCCGCGACUCAAUGAGCAGCUGUCCCAACUCAAUGAGCAGCUGUCCCAUCACGGAAGCCUUCAUCGACUCGACAGCCAAUCACGACACCUCAGUGUGCAAGACUUGAGCAAUGCCCCACCCACUAGCAUCACACACGGAUCCAGUAUGAACCAUGUGGAGGAGGAGGAGGACGGUGCCAGCGCGUAACUAUGAGAGAUUCAAAGAAAUUUUUCUUGGCCACUGUCCUGUGACUGAGGCGAAUCUGUUGGCAUGGGAGAGCACCUGCCUUGAAAGCCAGGGGAAGGCAGUAAAUGGAAGACUUGGCAAAUCCUCACUCGACAGACAGUUUGGCGGAAGCAGAGAAAUCAGAGACUUGAUGCAUGUGUGUUGACAGAGCUGUCUUCAGGAUUUGGCCCAUUAGUGGCGCACCUAACACCUGAGUAACAAGAUAUGUUUUCUUUGAUACAGUGAAUUCAGAGUGACUGGUGGGUGAAGUUUACACCAUGUAAAGUGAUACGGUAACACUACUCUGCCUCUGGUCAUGUGGUUGCCGUGUCAGGACUGUGUCACAGAGAAGAGGAUAAAGCCUGAGUGGCCGCCGCUGUCUGUCGGUUCAUAAUGACAUCCAUCACGCAACACAGCAGAACCCUGUUUAAGGAGUUAUGUCAUUUGUAACUUGAAGACUGAUGGGUCAUUCCAUGUUAAAUCAACCAAAUUUCAGAAACAUCUUUGGAGGACAUUUUUUAUUCUGAUAAUAGUUUUUCUGAGAAAGAUAAACUGAUGAUGAAAUCCCAAAUUUUAAAUGCCAUGGAUCAAUACUUGCGGAGUAAUCCAUUAUUUUAUAGAGUGGGUCAAAAUGUACAUUUCUAUCUAUGAUUCUGGAACAAAACUACAGGUCAAAAAAAGAAAUAACCCCAGAAAGAUAGCAGUCGUUAUUUUAUAUUUACAUAUAGGUAGGUAUAUUACUCAAAUAAGUUGAUUUCAGCACCAAUAGUUGCAUUAUAUGCCAAUGGUGAGUCCAAAAGUGGAAACAAAACCAGACCUAAACUUUUUAUUUUGUGUUGUUUUUCUAAAGUUGGAGUGCCUACAAGUCCAGAGGUAUUUAAGGUAUCUUAAUAUCCCUUUAGAUUCUGGUUAAGAGCAAAUUGUUCUUUUUGUAUCUUCAUAUUUAAGGCCCUAUAUGGUUAAAUCCCUGAGAUAUGGGGCUCUCAAUGUGGCUCUGUGUGUAAAUUGUUACGUUUGAUAACUUUUCAAUGGUCAAAACCAAAUGUGGGUUACAUAGUAUAAUUUACUGUGUUUUUCUUUGUUCAACAAAGCAAAGGUCUGAAUGUAAAUGUUUUUAUAUGAAUAAUUAAAAUGUAAAAAUCUUGAUUUUGAGUCCACACGUACACUAUUAUUAAAGUGACAAGUGGCUCUAUAACUAGUGCAAUAGAUAUAUCUAGUUUUUGAAUUUCAGAAAUGUACAUCUGCAAAUCAUUAAGAGGCCAAACACUAAAGGUGCUGAAACUCUACUUGUGCUGAUUUUAUAAUUUUUUUUUAUCUGCACUAAACAAAACGUUGAGCCAGGGACCUCUGGUUGCAUUGACAUGGAAUGACCCUGAUGACUAUUCCAUUAGAUUUUGGGUUUCAGAACCCUGAAAGUUGAAGGAUGGUAAAAAGAGGGAAAGUCUUACCAGUUACAUGCCUCUGGCAGUGUCUUUAAUGGUUCUCUGGAAGUUUGGUCUAAAAGGCAGAUACCUUGGGCAAAUGUUGACCAAUCAAAAUACUUCGAAACUGUACCACAGAGGAGUGGCUCUCAGAAUCCUCACCAACACCUGAUGUGCUUUGUCAAGCCUUUUGAUGGCUGCCUACCUCAUCAGAUCAGAACGCUCAUGUCUGCUUUCCUCACAUGGCCUAAACACACUUAAGAACAUUGUUACAGAUUAGCAACCAUAUGUACAGGAGUCUUGCGCUAAAAGCUUUGAAAAUGGUGCUUCUGUCUGAUGUUGCUCGCAUUUAUAACUUGCUUCAACACUUUGGGCCUCAUUCAAGAAACAUAAGCAGAACAAAUGUGUGUUAAUCGGGGAUGGAGGGGAAAAUAUCAAUGUUUUAAGUAUUAUGACAUUUUACCUCACAAUACUGUAUUGAUAGGUAUAUUUUCUACAUGGAUAUUUAUCAUGAAGAGAUUGAUUACCAACACACAAUUAUUUCUACUCAACCAAAUAAGGGACCAAAGUACAAUUCAGAUGAAACGGGAAAGUAAGUGGAAAAAAAAGAGAGGUUGCAUUAGAGAGCAAUAAUCUGGUUCUGAAGGUAAACAUCACAUUCAUUUUUUCCAUUGGGGAAUUGACUUUUAACGAUAACUAUGAGCUAAUGUGAUUUCCAGUGUUGUUAACUAAUGAUACAUACUUCUGUUGAAACCAUGAGUCCGCAUUAAUUCAACUGAUCCUGAAGGGAAACAACCCAUCAAUUAGAGAAUCGUGUCAAAGCGCACCAAAAGUGUUCUGCAGCACAUCCACCCCCACAACACGCUGUGAAACAUGCAAUCGAGUGGGUCACACAAACUACUUGUGUGUUUGUUUAUAUACAUCAUGCAUUAAUGAAAUAAAAAUGCAUAAAAAUGGAGUGGUGGUGGUGUGGUGGGCUAAAGCACAUAACUGUUAAUCAGAAGGUCGCUGGUUUGAUCCCCACAGUCACCACCAUUGUGUCCUUGAGUAAGGCACUUAACUCCAAGUUGCUCCGGGGGGAUUGUCCCUGUAAUAAGUGCACUGUAAGUCGCUUUGGAUAAAAGUGUUUGCCAAAUGCAUAAAUGUAAAUGUACUCGUAUUUAAAAACUUUCAAUCAAUAUUUGUAUAUAGUUCCAUUGUUUUUAAUUUAAUGCUUCAUGGAAUUGCAGUUAAUUCCCUCAUUAAAGACAUUACAUGCAUAGUCUUACGUUGUGAUUCACCUCAGAGCUGGUUUGGUUCAUGGCUUACAACACUUUUUCUGGAACCAUGAUGGCUGAAAAGUGGGCGGGCACUGUUGCACUCUAUAUAUUAGAGUUUUGAACAAUUAUACAUUAUAAACAAAUCUAAUAAUAACAUACAAAUGACAAUAUUGUUUAUACAUUUAAAUCAUAUUCACAAUUGUUCAUUUGAAAAUUGCUGCAUUCAGUUUUUCAGGAAGUAUUUAGUCAGAAAUUCAUUCUGCUUGUUUCAUGAAUGAGGCCCUUCGUGUUUAAUAGACAUGAAUAUAUGGAACAGGAUUUUUUGGAAACAAAUAGGGGGCAUCGCUGAACAUUAAUAUUAAAGCAUUGGGAGAGCAACUUAUUUACAUGCUUUAAACGUGAAGUCCUGUGUGUUUAACUUGUUGCAAGAGAUUAAAGUGGUACUUAGUGCCUGAAUAUGUGACUUUGGACCUGAGUUUUGUGAAGCUUUUUUUAAAAUGCUAUUUCUGCUUUGCUGUACCUUUGCCUUUGGUAUCACAAAUACACUGGUUCAUGCUGAAUUCCUCUGUCCACUUUGUACAUAUUGUAGAAUUUCGAGGAACAAAUACAGCACUUUAACCACGGCUAUCUGUUGAAUGUUGAAUUUGUAAAGACAUUAAACCCUGUUAUAGCAUCAUGCAAUAAUUCAAAUAAAGAUUUUAUAUACAACACAUUUGUUUUUCCAUUUUCAGAAAAGCUCCCCAAUUUAUUGAUAUCUGUAAGGUAAUCAAUUAUCAGUGUGAAAAGUGGUGUCCAAACCAAUACAAAUAAACUCCACAGUAUUUCAUCUUAAAUAUGUCUGUGCAACGAAAAGAAAAAAGGAAACUGGUCCGCAUUGCAGAAUGGGGUCAUUCUUUUUCACAUCCCAACCACUCACGCCACACAGCUCAAUAAAAUACAAUAAAAACAACUGAAAAAUGAAUCCAUAAAACAAGUGAUUACACCUAAUAUAUGCAAAUCUGUACAGUCUUACAAAAAUCUAAAUCAAGAAAGUAAAACAGUAUGAUAUGAAAGCAAUUUCAAAACCAAGGCAAAAAAAAUCCUCAAGUGAAAUGCAAGUGUGAAUAUGUAUUUUUAACAAAAUCACCCAAUCGUCUUCUCUUAUUUUAGUCAGUUCUACCUACAACGACCAGUUUCUACUGAUCUAAAAACUAAGGCACCUCCCUUUCUAAUCAACUGAUCUAUAUCCAUUGCUAAGUAACAUUCCUAAAAAGAUCAAUAAACAGACUUGGAUAUCAAUAUAUAUCCUCAACUGCCAUUUCUACUUUUCAUUGCAAUUCCUCCAUGCAAUAAAAUAAUCAUUGGUUCUGACAUACCUGA